CUAUUGAAGUUACGUAUGAGACCAUCACGUGAUGCCCACCUCCAAUCACAUAUACAAAUUUGCGAAGGUUAUCACAGCCAUCUCGUAAUCCGGCCUGUCCGCACUGAGGCCACGCCACCAGAUGACCAGCAGAACGGACAAAAUGGCCCUGAAGCUAGUUCUCCCCGUAUGCGUUCUCCUGAUGAUAGCGGCACUAGUGGUGCCUGCAGCCGGUAUAGAAUUCACCUGUCCCACCCCUAUAUAAUAACCUGUGCCCGUGUGUUACAGAUGGCCCUGAAGCUAGUUCUCCCGGUGUGCGUUCUCCUGAUGAUAGCGGAACUAGUGGUGCCUGCAGCCGCCCAAGACUUCAAAUGUCCCACGGAAGCUUACGAUGUCCCCAACCAGAACACUCCGCGGUGUCCCAGAAGCCGCAGUAGGGGGGACAGCUCUGCCAGUCCUGACAUUGCUGAGAAGAAGACGGAGGCAGAUGAACUCAAAGACAAGGUGAUGAAAGCCAAGUCUGACACAGAAGCUGACCGACUGGCGAUGCAGAACGGCCUGAACUUGGAGAAGAAAAAGAGGGAGGAUCUAGCCAAUCAGCUGCCCGAUAUGAUGAAGACGACUGCCGACCUGAAGAAAUCAGCAGAAGAUCACAUGGACGUCCUGAAAACUGGCCAAUCAGAGGCUCUGAACGAACUCAAGGCCAAACUACAGGCCCUCAAACAAAAGGUGAAUGAGCUUGAAGCCAAGGUUACUAAUGAUAAGGAUGUCCGUAGCGGUGAGGAGGGAAAGGACAACACAGACGGGAAGGACAACACCGACGGGAAGGACAACACCGACGGGAAGGACAACACCGACGGGAAGGACAACACCGACGGGAAGGACAACACCGACGGGAAGGACAACACCGACGGGAAGGACAACACCGACGGGAAGGACAACACCGACGGGAAGGACAACACAGAUGGCACCGACAAACCAAAACUACCAAAACCAAGCAAGCCAAAGGAUGUCCAAGACUGCGCACAUAUACACGAGCAGGACCCGUCCAAGCGGUCCGGGCUGUACAGUACCAUGGUACCGGGCAUGCGGACAUCUGUCAUCACAUACUGUGACAUGGACAACAACAAGGAGGGAGGGGGGUGGACCGUCAUCCAGCGCAGACAGACGAGUGACUCCUUUGAAAAGGUCUGGAACGAGUACAAACAUGGGUUUGGCAACCCCAUGGGCACAUUCUGGUGGGGAAACGAGAAGGUCCACCAACUCACCAAGCAGAAGCCAUACCAUCUGAGGGUGGAGGUGCAGAACGCAGCGGGCAGCAAGAGGGUCGCCGUGUACGAGGACUUCAAGUUGGAGGAUGAGGACAGUAAGUACACCCUGAAGGUAGGGAAGUACUCCGGCACCGCUGGCGACGCCCUCAUGACUCACAACGGGAAGAAGUUCAGCACCAAGGACCAGGACAACGACACCUACCAACCAUACAGCUGUGCUGAAGGCUACAAGGGCGGCUGGUGGUACAACGACCGCUGCUUCGACUGCAACCUGAACGCCGAGUAUGAGAACGAGGUCACGGAGGGGAAGUUCGGCUACUGGCUGCCCUUCAAUGGCUACAAGGGGCUGGUCCACACAACCAUGAUGAUCCGCCCAGCCGACUACAAACCGAAAACUCCUGAACCAAUUACAAAACCUUAGCACGGUAGAAACCAGUUAAUUGCACAACGGAUAAACGCACACUUCUGUUAACUGCGCAAAAAUCUCAAAAUCCCAAACCGGCGUGGUCCAGCUAGAUAACUUCGGAUUAUUGCACCAGCCGGAUAGUUGCACGAAAUUCGUUGGCAAAUAGGCUGUGCAAUUAAUCGGCUUCUGCUGUAUUCACACAUUUGAUGAAUAAACAAUAUGACAUGUGCACUG